GUCUUAGGUGAAAUUAAAGCUUUGGACCAUCGCAUUCAAUCUUCAGGUGUGUUGACCAAGGAGUUGUUGGGUGUUAGGAGUUCGAAGUUGAAAUCGCUUCUUGAUCUUCGUAGAGCUGAUGAGUUAUAUUGGAUAAAGUGGUUAAAGGAGGGUGAUCUGAAUACUAAGUACUGUCACUCCAUUAUGAGUGCGAGAAGAAGGCAAAACGAUAUUUCUGGUUUAACUAUCUCUAGUGUUGAGACAGACGAUAAUGCUGCAAUGGAAGGGGCUAUUAUUGACCACUUUAAGAAGGCUUUCUCGUCAAAGGUGAAGUUCACUCCUAAAUUGGCAAGGGUGCCUUUUAAAGUUCUAUUAGUGGAGUCGAGCUCUAAUUUGGAGUGUGACAUUUCUAUGGAAAAACUUAAGGGGGUUGUUUUUGCUUUAUCUGAUAAUAAGUCUCUAAGCCCAUAUGGUUUUCCCCAUGCUUUCUUCCAUAGAUUUUGGAACUUGAUUAAGGUUGAGCUAUUAAAUAUGGUUAGAGCUUUUAUGUUCAGGGGUGAAAUAUUCAAAUGGAUUAAUGCCACUUAUAAAGCUCUUAUUCCUAAAAAAUCAGUGAUUGCAGAGUUAUAUGAUAUUAGGCCCAUUAAUCUUUUGACUAGUCUUUAUAAGAUUGUGGCAAUGUCUUGGCUGAAAGAUUAA